CCGCUGGCUGGUGGCUCCGGGGCCGCUCGGCCGGGGAAUGUCCGGGGCGGAGGUGGUUUAGACACGCGCUCGCUCUGCUCCACCCGUCAGGGUUGUGUGUACAGGGCCAGGCCGGGGUUGGGAGGCAAUGGGUUCCGAGAUGGCCGAGCAGGAGGUGAAGUACUACACCCUGGAAGACAUUAAGAAACACAACGACAGCAAGAGCACCUGGAUCAUCCUGCACCACAAGGUGUACGAUCUCACCAAGUUUCUGGAGGAGCAUCCUGGCGGGGAAGAAGUGCUAAGAGAACAAGCCGGGGGCGAUGCUACCGAGAACUUCGAGGAUGUGGGGCACUCUACUGACGCAAGAGAACUGUCCAAAACGUACAUCAUCGGGGAGGUCCAUCCAGAUGACAGAUCAAAGUUAGCCAAACCUUCGGAACCGCUUAUUACUACUGUUGAGUCUAAGCCCAGUUGGUGGACCAACUGGGUGAUUCCUGCCAUGUCUGCCCUGGCUGUAGCCCUGAUGUAUCGUCUCUACAUGGCAGACGACUAAACGCCUCUCUGAAGCCAAGGAAAGACUGUUCUGGGCAAGGGAGAAAAGAAGCCAGUGUUAAUCACUUAACUGACAGAAACCUUCAUCGGAAAAAAAAAAAAAAAAAAAGUAAUUGUAAUGUUUGUUUCCCCAUUUCCUGUGUUAGAAGCAAAACUACAAAAACAGAAAGAACUCUUUCUGCCCUUAAACUUUUCAAUGUGCCUUUUUACUCAUCAACUUUACUUUGAUGUGUCUUCACUACAUAAUUUACUUACUGUAAGCAUGAUCUUUUUAAAAUAUAUCUGGCUUUUAAAAUAUA